AUGGCAAAAGAAAUUUUAACGGCAGGAAGCAAGAACCUGUACGAAAUCUUAAACCUCAAUAUGGACGAAGUUCGUGGGAAACCCGUUGAAGAACAGAACAAAAUAAUAAAAAGAGCUUAUCAUUCUCAAUUGCGGCGUUGGCAUCCUGACCGGAAUCCUGAGAAUGGUGAUUCCGCUAUAUGUCAAGAGAUCAUCUUUGCUUACAAGAUUCUUAAAUAUCCCGAAGCACGUGCUGCGUAUAAUAACGUCGCAGAUUUUGACAAAGGAUGGUUCUCAAAAGCGCGUUAUAAAGCUAUGUUCAAGCCCGAAUGUUACAGCGCUGAGCAGAAAAAACAAAAAAGAAGGAGACUUGGAUUAUUGUUUUUGUCAGGUCUUUUCAUAGCGGCAGGCGUUGGGUUAACAUUCGUAACAGCAGGAAUGGCCGCACCUGUUGUACUCGGGGUGUCAGCUGCAUCAGGAGCCCUUAUAGGAGGCGGGAUUUCAAGUGGUUUACGGACAAUAAGCCGUGAAUCAAUAGAAAAAGGUUGCUCUUUCCGUAAAUACUUUACAAGUUUAGCGAUUGGUGCUAUUGGUGGAGCAGCCAUGGGAGCAGGAGUAGCUGGGAUUGCGAUGUUUUUAGUGGGGCAGCAAAGCUUGCAUUUAAAGCUGCCCAACUUUCCCUGGAACGGCAAAUUACCACAAGGAUGGCCACCACAGCUUUUCGUGGCUUUAUUACAUCCCUUACUAACAAUAUAGACGCAAUUCUUGCAGGUGGAGAGAAAACUAGCUGGAAACAAUUUAUUUUACAUGUCUUAUUUGAUGCAUGGCUGGGAGGAAUGGUUGGUUUACCAGGAGGGUUUGCAGAAAAUAUGAUCCAAGACGUGGUUUCUGCAGAAGGCGCACUGGCAACGCUUGAAUCAGCUUCUUCUAACGCACGCAAUGUUAUUGAAGAUACGACAACAGCAGCAGUGGACACGUUUGUUAAUUGUGUCAAGAACGUCUUGAUGACGAUGUCGAAAAUAAAUCCAUUUUGGGCCAUAUAAAAAAUGGUGCAGAGCAAGCUGCAAUAGCAGUUGGGAAAUGUUUGGCAGUAGCUGCUGCUAAAGUUGCGAAUAAGAAAGUCAGUGACGGGGGAAAGGCAACAGGAAUCAAUGGCGAAUCCGGCAACCAGAAUAAACUAACUGAUGAUAUGUAUGAAGAAACUAAUGAUGAAACAAGGAAAGAUACAAAUAACACAACAAAAGUCGCAAAGGAUGUGGCAAAAACGGCUGAGGAAGAAGGAAUCAACACGACUAGUGCGUACAAAGACAGUACUGGAGCAAGUGAUGAUAUUGGUGAAGAAGUUGAGGAUUCCAAUAACGCAACAAAAGAAGACGAAUGUGAGGAAAAUAUAGAUGAUGAUGAUAAAACUGACAAUGACAGCUCAGCUGAAUUAGAAAAAAAACAAACCAAGUCGCACCUACCUGAUCUACCACGUUACAAGUCCUCCUUAACAUCCGAAACAAAUAAUAGUAAUGAGGAACAAACUGUAUCUGAUAGUGAUGACUCCACGGAAUGCGCGAAACCUAUAUUAAUGAAGUAUUUUUCUGAAGGAUAUUGGUUUUCCAAGAUGCUUGUUGAUUAUAAAGAGAACGGUGAAACAAAACAUUAUGAGGUUAAAGGUAGUGAAAGUUCGAUUCCGAUACCCAACAAAGCGACUAAAAUCAAAGUUAGAUUUCAGGUUAUGCGCUUUCUUGGUACUUGGUGUGAUGUAAAAAGGUACGACCGUUUCAAAAAAUGUUGGAUAGAACCGAACCAGCCACAUACUUUCGAGUACAACACACCAGUGAAUCGCACGUACACUUUGUCUGGAAACUUGUAUUAUGAAGCAGUAAUGAACAUCACAGGAGAUUAUGACAAUUUAAACGAAAUCUGA